ACUGAUAACAUGUAGGACCACAGACUAAGGUUAAACGAAGAUAAACAUAAAAAUAGCUGUAAAAAAUAGUCUAAAGUGCAAUUCUACAAAGUCCAAAUUAGACUCAUUACUAAACUAACAUAAAUAAUGAAUAAUUAUUGUAGUUGAGUACGGUUAACUAAACAAGAUGGAUAUUAUAAUAAAAGUUAAUAACCAAUCAAAUGGAAGAGACAAAAUAGCACGCUUGUUUCAGUAUACAAGUCGCUUAGUGUGGCAUCAACUAGAGGCAAGAAAUGCCAAUAAGUAUUCAGUGGACAGAAUCAAAACAUUAGAAAUCACAUUAUGUUCAUUCAGAAAAAUUCUAAGGUUGGGCCGGUGUGUUGACAUUUUCUACUUGGCAUUGAAUAGCAGUGUUAUUGAUGACCCUGUGCUAAGGGUUACCUUAACCACAAGUAAACUAGCUCAUGCAUUAUUUCUUUAUGCAGAUCACAUUGUGUGGCUUACAAGAAAUGGAUUUGUAAAAACUGAUUUAGACAAAUGGAACCGCACUGCUAAUAAGUUUUGGUUGUUAUCGAUAAUAGCCAAUCUUUUUAGGGACUUAUAUGAAAUAUUACACUUAUUACAGCUAAACAAAUCAAAUUUGUUGAAACCAUCGGAAUUGAUAAGUGGCUCCCUAAAAAAAAUUGAUCUAUCUGCAAGUGUGAGACAUGUUUGUAUGCUUGUUAACUGUCACAAGGAUAUUUUUAUUGAUACUCUGAAAAACUCAUGUGAUAUAUUCAUUCCUCUUACAGCUUUAGGUUUUACUAAAUUAAGUCCUAGUGCAGUUGGCACUUUAGGUGCCAUUUCCUCUUUAGCAGCAUUGAUAACCAUAAUAAAACCUAUCACAAAAUUAGUACCAGCAUAGUUUUUAAAUAAUAAAUUUAAGGAUAGCAGGUGCUUUUUAUCGAUAAUUGUUUAUUCGUUGAUGAUGGUGUGUGCAGUAAUCUUCCUUUACCUAAGAAAUUGAAUGGUAUAACAGGGAUUUAAG